ACAACGCGCGCUCCCUCUAAAUUUACGCGUCCGACAUCUGCAUACAUCCCGUCUCACCAUAUCAAGCCAUCGAUUGAGGCAGCGCUCUCAACGAGACACCCGGACCUCUUUUAGUUGCAGAUAUUUCCCAGUCGACUGUGAGAUCUCCUCACCUUUUAAUGUAUUACAAUAUGUGGAACACAUGUCCAGUUUUAAAUGAAGCUUCCGUAGAGAGCUGGGGAUCUUGAACGCCGGGCGAAAGGGGAAACUCGCAGCCGUCUUUUCUCCCGUUUGCGCACAGAGCGGUUUGUAUAUGCAAAAGGUGGUUUAUUUCAGAAAGUCAUGGAGGGACUUGUCUAAGGAGGACCCAACAUAAUUGUCCUUUUCACAAUUCCUUUCCGGUCUGGUUAAUUUCUAUUUACCACUUCCUGGCAAGUGCUGCCUAUUUCCCUGCACACAAUGGCAGAGAUGGCUGGUCUGGGGGUUCCGAAACCAGGGGGCAGAUCCACGACUUUGCUUCCACCUGAGCCUAUCGAGAUUAUCCGGACCAAAGCCUGUUCCCGGAGGGUCCGCAUCAAUGUCGGGGGCCUCAACCAUGAGGUCCUAUGGCGGACUUUGGACCGGUUACCCCGAACCAGAUUAGGCAAACUCAGAGACUGUAACACCCAUGAGUCCCUAAUGGAGGUUUGUGAUGACUACUGCCUAAAUGAGAACGAAUACUUCUUCGACCGACACCCGGGCGCGUUCACAUCCAUCUUGAAUUUUUAUAGAACUGGAAAACUGCAUAUGAUGGAGGAAAUGUGUGCUCUGUCUUUUGGGCAAGAGCUUGAUUACUGGGGCAUUGAUGAGAUCUACCUGGAGUCGUGCUGCCAGGCACGCUACCACCAAAAGAAGGAGCAGAUGAACGAGGAGUUGAGGAGAGAGGCAGAGACUCUGAAAGAGAGGGAGGGCGAGGGGGAAUUUGAUAACACCUGCUGCCCAGACAAGAGGAAGAAACUUUGGGACCUCUUGGAGAAACCAGGUUCUUCUGUCGCUGCUAAGGUUUUGGCCAUUAUAUCCAUCCUGUUCAUCAUACUUUCAACAGUUGCACUGUCCCUGAACACCUUGCCUGAACUCCAAGUAAUAGACGAAUUUGAACAAGCCAAUGACAAUCCUCAACUUGCUCACGUUGAAGCUGUGUGUAUCGCAUGGUUUACAAUGGAAUAUCUCCUGCGCUUCCUGUCCUCACCAAACAAGUGGAAAUUCUUCAAAGGGCCACUAAAUGUCAUUGACUUGUUAGCUAUAUUACCCUACUAUGUCACUAUAUUUCUGACCGAAUCCAACAAAAGUGUGCUGCAGUUCCAAAAUGUGAGGAGGGUGGUGCAGAUAUUCCGCAUCAUGAGAAUAUUGAGGAUUCUGAAAUUGGCGAGACAUUCAACUGGACUGCAGUCCCUUGGAUUUACCCUCAGGCGCAGUUACAAUGAGCUUGGCUUACUCAUAUUGUUCUUGGCCAUGGGUAUAAUGAUAUUCUCAAGUCUGGUAUUCUUCGCAGAGAAGGAUGAGGAUGCAACAAAAUUUACCAGCAUCCCAGCUUCAUUUUGGUGGGCUACAAUCACCAUGACAACAGUAGGCUAUGGAGAUAUUUACCCACAGACUUUGCUUGGCAAAAUAGUUGGUGGACUUUGCUGUAUUGCUGGUGUGCUGGUCAUUGCCUUACCCAUACCUAUUAUUGUGAACAACUUCUCAGAGUUCUACAAGGAGCAGAAACGACAGGAGAAAGCCAUCAAGAGAAGAGAGGCCUUAGAACGAGCAAAGAGGAAUGGCAGUAUCGUAUCUAUGAAUCUGAAAGAUGCCUUUGCACGAAGUAUGGAGCUCAUGGAUGUUGUCGUAGACAAAAUUGAUGAUAAACAGCCAAUUGAUAACCACUUAUCUCCGAGCCGGUGGGGUAUUACGAAGCGCUCAUCCUCAGAGACCAGCCUAAGAUCCUUUGACAAAAAGUUUCCUGACAGCGACCCGCAUGGAUCACGGGAAUAUGUCAGAACACCUAGUCCGCAGCACCUGAAUGCUCAAAAACUGGAAGAAAUGUAUAACCAGAUGACAAAGACGCAGUCCUUCUCUGAUCUAAGCACAACUACAGCCUCAGGUCUGUCAAAACAUGAGGUAGAGUUGGAGAUGAAGGAAGUCCCACCUGCCACUGAACGAAAACCUAGGGAUAGAACCAUCACUGACGUGAGAAGCAUUUCAAGUGUUGACAGCUUUGCAAGCUGCACUGCUGAAUUUGGACAGGGUGAGAAGGCAACCACCCCUUCUUAUACAGCAGAGCAGGUUCAGCAAAGGCAACCUAAAUCACCUCCACACCUUCACCUUGGCCAGCUAACACCCUCAGACAUGAGUUCGGAUGUGAUUACAGAAGAUACUGGCCCAUUUAAGGGUGGCCCUGUCGAUCCAGAUGGUGAGAAUUUUAACGAGGUCGAGGAGACCAUCAGAAGCUCCAUUCGGGGAACAAAUUCAGUUAAGACAAAAUGCCUCAAAGUCAACUUUAUAGAAACACCAGAAGAUGCUCCUCCGACGCCACCCAACACCUCUUCCCCGCAGGAUAUCGACAACAGUCUACUGGAAGACGACUCCCCGGAGGGAGAGUGCUCUCCUCUCUGUUCAGAUUCAGAGCUACUGGCUAGUAUCCCAAGGAAAGGCUUAGUUCUUUCUCCAAAGAUACUAGCUGGUAAAUACUUUCCUGGGGAGACAGCAUUGCUUCUGGGAGAGCUGGAGGAUCAGGAGUAUCACAAGGAAAAUAAUCAGAAGGAAGUGGCUUCUGCAGCCAUCUCCUCACCCAAACACUCAGCACAGAACUCCACUCAGGGUGUAGUUGCUGAUAAUGGGGAGGAGAAGCCAGACACUAACCAAAGUGAACACAAGGUAGAGAACCACAUGUUUAAACCAGAGAUCCAUUUGAUGUCAGGGGAUGGUAAUCUUUCACCAUCCUGUGAAACUGGUAUGUGA